AUGCACCUCCAAGACAUUCUAGAUGAGAUCAUAUGCAGAGCUUUUCCUACUACACUAAAAGGCCUAGCCAGGGUGUGGUUUGAAAAAAUACCACCAAACACUAUAACUUCAUUCCAAGAGUUAAGCAAGUUGUUCGUCAACAACUUCGUCGGAGGUCAAAGGCAUAAUUGUUCCUCGUCCAACUUGCUGAAUAUAGAGCAAGGAAAGAACGAGAGUCUUCAGACUUUCAUCAACCAUUUUAAUAGGAAAGCCCUACUGGUAGAUGAGAUGGACGAUAAAAUCCUCUUGGUAGUCUUCAACAACGGAGUUACCUCUGAUUUGUUCAUUCACAAGCUGUAUGAUCAAAAGCCACAGAUGAUGGCCGAGUUAAUACACUCAACUUUAAGCUUUAUGAAUGCUAAGGACACAAUCAUUGCCAAGAAGAAGAAGAAGGCUAAACAAGUGGAGGCUGGGUACAUGCACAUCCAAAACAAGGCCCUCAUCCAAAGAAGGCCAAGAUGGGAGAAAAAAGAGACUGAGAUGGCAGGUGGUCCAGAUCCAACCAUGUCAGGAUUCUCACAUGCCUUGGCUAAUGUACUGUACUGCAGGAAAGCAGGAUCGUCCUCAAGGCGAUAUUCCAACUACACGCUCUUGAAUACCCCACUUGACCAAGUGUUGAUGCAAAUCAAGGAUGACCCAUCCUUGAAAUGGCCAGAGAAGAUGAAAGGAGAUCCUAGCAAGAGGAAUAAGAGAAAAACUCAAAUUGAGGUUCUUAUUAAGCAAGGAAAGUUGAAGAAUUUCCUUGGACAAGAGCACAAGGACAAAAGACUACCACUAAAGGGUAAAGUAGAAGAGCCAAUUCGUCCACCACUUGGAGAAAUAAAGGUUAUUGUUGGGGGAAUAUCGGCUGCCAGCUCGUCUAGAUCCAAGAAAACCUACCUUCGAGUUAUUCAAAACAUUCAACUCACUGGCCGUCCACCUAGAGCACCAAAGAUGGACGAACCAGCUAUAACCUUCAUUGAUGAAGAUGUAAGAAGACUACACCAUCCUUAUGACGAUGCAAUUGUCAUCACUUUGACAAUUGCGAAUUACACGACAAGAAGAGUACUGGUGGAUAAUGGGAGUUUAGUAGAUAUCCUCUACUACCCGGCCUUCCAAUAG